UUUUCAGAACGAACAACAUGUCUGGACGUGGCAAAGGAGGCAAGGGUCUUGGAAAGGGAGGCGCCAAGCGUCACCGUAAGGUGUUGCGUGAUAACAUCCAGGGCAUCACCAAGCCCGCAAUCCGUCGUCUGGCCCGCCGUGGUGGUGUCAAGCGUAUCUCCGGUCUCAUCUACGAGGAGACCCGUGGCGUCCUCAAGGUCUUCCUGGAGAACGUCAUCCGUGAUGCCGUCACCUACACCGAGCACGCCAAGCGCAAGACCGUCACCGCCAUGGACGUUGUCUACGCUCUGAAGCGCCAGGGCCGCACUCUCUACGGGAAAAUGCCGCCCAAAGGUGGAGGAAAAGCUGCCAAGAAGGCCGGUAAGGCCAGGCCCGCUGGAGCCAAGGGCAAGAGGAGGAGAAGGAGAAAGGAGUCCUUCGGUGUCUACAUCUACAAGGUCCUCAAGCAGGUGCACCCCGACACCGGUGUCUCCAGCAAGGCCAUGGGCAUCAUGAACUCCUUCGUCAACGAUAUCUUCGAACGUAUCGCUGGCGAGGCUUCCCGCUUGGCUCACUACAACAAGCGCUCCACCAUCAGCAGCCGGGAGAUCCAGACCGCCGUGCGUCUGCUGCUGCCUGGCGAGCUGGCCAAGCACGCCGUCAGCGAGGGCACCAAGGCCGUCACCAAGUACACCAGCUCCAAGUAAACUGCCUGACCGCCCGACCAGUACACCCCGGCCCUUUUCAGGGCCACCCACAUCUUCCAGAAAGAAUUAUAUCGAGUUAUCAUAUGGACAAGUGUUUUCUGUGCCUAUCG